UCAACAUCAUCAUGUUAGUGCAAUGAAAAUAUGAACUAUGUACCAACAUAUAUACAGAAUGAAUUUAUGUUGCGGAUUUAUCAUAACAAUUUAUCCACUUCUAAUUCUAUCGAACCAAUUUGAGUAUAUUUUGAAAAGAGAAGAAGGCAAAAGGCUGAAUGCGACAUUCAAGAUAGUUCCAUACUGUGGGAUACGCAUGUGCAUUGACAAAUGUCUCCAAAACUCUGGAUGUCGGUCAGUGAACUAUAAUUCGAAGUCUUUGGCGUGCGAGCUGAAUUUUGUGGGCCACAGUUCUUAUCCAUCUCUGUUACAGUCCGCAGUUGAAUUUGAAUAUCUCCAUAUUGCCACGGAGCACUUGGAAGAAAAUUGCAGUGUUCAGAAUGUUGAAUGCGUAGCUUUGCAUACAAGUGAGAAAAAAUGCAUCCGAUCCUCAUCUAAAAUGGUUGCCCCUGAGAACGUUGCAUUGAGUAAAACUGUUUACUCUUCUUCCGUCUACGAAGAAAAUUAUGCAGAUCAUGAUGUAAAGUACAUCGUUGAUGGGAAUUCUGGGAGAGCGUUUGGAAUUUGUGGAUCAACAUAUAUCGAGAUGAAACCAUGGAUACUGAUCGAUCUAGGUCAAGUUUACCAAAUCAGACAGUUGAACGUCGUUGUCUAUAAUUUAGGUUACCCGGACAAUACAUGUGCGUUCUAUGAAAUCAGAUUGGUUUGA